AUGGUGAGUAGCUAAAAUCUCGCUCUGUCUCUCUGUGUCUAUUUAUGUAUCUCUGUCUCAAUCUAUCUCUAUAACUAUCUAUCUCGCAACUUGUCUCCUUUAUUGCCCUUCAAUUUUGGUUAAUUUUAGUCGUACUGCAGGUUGUUGCACAGAGAUUGAAAGAAGCAGAGAUCACCGAGCAAGAUUCUCUGCUCCUGGUAACACCUUCCUGCUCCUCAUUCAAGUAAUUUUAGUUUACUCAGGAAUUCCAUGGUUCGUUUACGUCUCUACGUUUUUGUCUCUCUGAUCGGCUCUCAUCCCAUGGGAACUUCACAUGGUGAUCUGCUCAUUUGAAGCACCCUGCUGUAGCAUCUAAAUCUAUAUUAAGACUGCUCACUUGGUUCUGAUAUAAGACCAACUCAGCAUUCUCUCAGACAUGAGUGAGCACAUGUUUAAAGCAUGUGAACCUGUCUGAUGAGCUCCUAUUUGCCUCAAAACUUCUGUUCUUCAUUCAAAAUCCAUCUUCAGCACUCAGAAAAACACCCCUAUCUCUGUGUGUCUCACUAUCUAUGUACGUCACUGCCUUCAUGCAUUCUUCCCUGUCUCCCUCAUUCGGCGAAUCAGACUAGGAAUCUUCUUCGGAUAGCGAUCUUCAACAUCAGUUACAUCAGAGGUCUCUUCCCGGAGAAAUACUUCAAUGACAAGUCGGUUCCUGCGCUCGGUGAGGCAAUUCUCUCUCCGUUGAACAUGAUUAUUAACAUUCAAUAUUACCUCUGGGAAGAAAUCAUUCAUGACCACAUCUUCGUUUCCUGCACUAGAGAUGAAAAUUAAGAAGUUGAUGCCCAUGGACACUGAAUCGCGUAGACUUAUUGACUGGAUGGAAAAAGGUUUUCGUCUUUUGACUGCUCUCACUUGCUUCAAUCCUUUUCCGUUAGAGAUAAUGUUUUACGGUUUUUUAAUUCGAAGUUUAAAUUCAGGUGUUUACGACGCGUUACAGAAGAAGUAUCUGAAGACGCUUUUGUUUUGCAUCUGCGAAAACAUCGAGGGACCGAUGAUUGAGGAAUAUUCUUGUAAGUCUCGGAAUGCCAUUUACAUGUAAUAAUGAAGAUAAUCCAAUGGGCGACGAUUUGACGAAUCAUUCUCCUAUAUGUGUUCUUUCGUUGUUCUCAAUUUUGUACUGAUGGUAGUCCAUCGCCAAAAUUAUUAUUUGGCUUCUUGUUCCUUCGCACUUUUUUCCCAUCGCGAUUUCACAAUCUAGUUCCGAACAUAGGGACCUUAUGAUUCAAUGAUUGUUAUCUUUAGAAAUUUUGGACUGUUUCUAGGCUUAUGACGUACUCGAACCACGGAGGUUUCUCAAUGUACCUCAAUAGAUGAAGAAAAUCACUUACAUCCUCCUUCUUGUCUCUUUGUUCAGUGCCCUACGAGGCAUUAAGAUGUUUUGAUGCUAUUCUUUGUUGCAGUUUCUUUCAGCUACUCUAGUUCAGACACCGAAGAGGUAUCAAUGAAUGUAACUCGAUUAGGGAACAAGAAGCAGGGGAUGACAUUUAAAUCAAAUUCCAUUGAGAUCACUCCAGAUCAAAUGAGGCAUUAUCUCUUUUUCUUUGAUCAUCUAUCCAGUAUCGGUUUCUUACUCCUUUAUUCUACUGCCUCAGAAUGUCGUGUGUAUUUUACUCGAGAGCAGAGAUAGCUGCCAUAGUUCUGAUGGGGAAAAAUUCAUAUCGCAGGAGUUCUGCCUGCAAGAUGGUGCGGACACUAGUUCAGCUAAUGCGGACUCUGGAUCAGAUGCCCGAUGAGGUAAUAUAUGAUUCCUUGGAAAUAAUCAUUUAACCGAGAUGCCUUUUGGUUUGGGACUAAAACAAUCUACCUCAUAUCCCUCUUUCUCUUCAGCGUACCAUCCUGAUGAAACUUUUUUACUACGAUGAUGUUACGGUAUGAGAAAAACUUUCAUUUCUUUGAGAUUUUUAUUUAAAGUAGAAAUCUUUGAGAAAAACUUUCUAUUAGAUUACGAAGCGUUUACAUUUUCGUUUUGACUCAUCUUUUUCAUGCACAAAAUACAGUUGGACAUUUGCUAGAUAGCAGAUAUUUUCCGUGAAGGCAAUGAUUGUCUGUGAUUCUUGAAGACCAAAAAAAAAAUGAGCUAUUAAUCGAACCUUUUAGAAUAUGUUUCUGGCUCUUCCUGCCGAUUUACACUUUUUCAAGAAUCAUAACAGUGCUUGAUAAUUUUAACUUAAUUUCUGUUAAUUUAUUUUUAAUAAAUAUUAUUUCAUGGUCCCCCAAAUACGUUGUCAAAACUUCUCGCAUGAGGUAAAUGCACAGUUUCUUACGUAGCUAUAGUGACUCUCAGCCAGAAGACUAUGAGCCCCCAUUCUUCAGAUGCUGCUCUGAGAACGAAGCCAAUAAUUUGUGGAGAAAAACUCCUUUGAAAAUGGAGAUUGGAAAUGUCAAUAGCAAGCAUGUUGUGUUGGCUCUAAAGGUGAGCUGUAGUAGCGACGAGUUAUAUUCUUUCGUCAUACUGAAUGAGUCUAAGGAAGUGUACGUUGCAGGUCAAGAGCAUCCUUGAUCCGUGUGAAGAUGAGAACAACGAUAUUGCAGACGAUGAAGAAGAAAGCAUGGGAGCCUGUUCAGGACACGAAGACGGGUCAUCAUCUUCCGAUGGCGAGGCAAGACAUCCCCUCAAGAAAAUAAAAUUGUUUGUCGGAAUGCGUAGAUAAAUGGUUUUGAGAAAAGAUAAAAUAUUAAAAAAUCUAGACAGAAUCUGUUGCCAUUGUAUGGUUUUUUUUCAUUAUUUUAUCUAUAAAUAUUCCCUUUUGUUUUGCCGAACGCGGACAUAGACAAGGUUGGUAACUUCUUACCUUAUUUCUCCCAUCUUGCAGGACCAAUACAUUGUGGCCCCUAAUGGUAGACUUUCAACUUUAUGGUUGGUUUUGGUGAUGUAGCGCUGUAUUGAGUAAUGCUGAGACUGGUUUAGCAGGUGAAAAGCGUCCAUGUGAAGAUACCCCAGCGGUUCAGGGAGGUUAGCUUCUAUGUUCCACAGAACUCACGUUCUAACAUUCGACAGAAAAUGAUAAACUAAUGCCAUUCUGAUUAUGACCUCACAAAACGGUGUGAAUAGUACGAAACUGCGGUAUUUAAUUUUGGUUCUUAUUUGUUUCAAAUUCCUUUGUUUUGAAAAUCCUGUCUUGCAGAUGACACUCAAGAUGUUGACCACGAGGAGCAAAGCACGGCACGGAUAAGGGAAUGGAUUACCUCCAGACACGUGGACACUGUGGAACUUUCUGAAAUUCUUUCAAACUUUUCCGACAUAUCGCUGGUGAUUACUAGCUAAAUCUCAGCUAACAAGUCGUUCACUUAUCCGUAAAGUAGCCGAUUGAAUUAUGCUUUUGAUUAUGCAAGAUAUCUUGUGAGAUUCUUCCAUGUACCAGAAUAAUUCACACGCUUCCUUGAUUCCCAGAAAUAUAACCUCGCUUUCUAGUCUUCUGAUGGUUUUAUCUAUGCUUUGCAGGCAUUGACCGAGGGUACUAACUAACAAGUCCACUACCACCGGCAUCAAUAAAGAUAUACGAGAUAAUUUCGUUGAACUUCUUUAGUUACCGUUUUCUUACACAGUUCUGUUUUUCCAGAAAUUUUAGACAAACUACUGAUAGAAGGAUUGCUAUCAAAAUCCGGUAAAGAUAGAUACACCAUAAACAGAGGGAAGGUAGCAGAAUUGCUCUCGUACUCCGGAUUUUCUCUAGUACUGCUUCUUAUCAAUCGCCUUCGCUGAAGAAAAUAGCAACUGGCAGGAUCUCCAAGAAGACAUCCCCAAGGUCAAGGAAGAGGUUGACAUGCCGGACGUUCCUCCAACUGAGAAACAACUCAGGGAAGAUCACAUGUACAUGAAGGUGAGUGAGCUAGGCAAUUUGACACCUCUGGCUCUGUGGCCUCCAUUGCCAACGGACAUCUGAUUCGCUGCAGGCAUUAUAUUACGCUCUUCCGAUGGAGUACGUGUCGGUAUCAAAGCUUCAGAACAAGCUAGACGGAGAAGCCAACCAGAACGCGGUGAGGAAGCUGAUUGACAGAAUGGCCGAGGAUGGGUUUAUCCAGAAUACAGCCAACAAACGACUAGGUAGAGUCGCAUACUAGGAAGACUAUCCGCUUUAUUUUGUGAUGCCUAAUCUUUUUAUAUUUUGCAAAAACACUUGUUCGUGAUAUGUGAACGGAGAGGACGGUUCACGAUAUUCUGCAGGCAGGCGCGUCAUUCAUUCUGAGUCGACGAACAGGAAGCUCGUCGAGGUCCGGAAAGCCCUCGAGAGAAAUAACGGGGUAACAUUCUAUCCGAUUUAUCAUAAAGCUUUUUUUAUUUAAAUCCUACAAUCGCGCACCCCAUUUGUUUGAUUCGUCAUCGGCUCGUGGGUUCGAUAGGGAGUAGAGAACAGAGUUCGCCACCCCUUUGAUUUCAACAGCCUCGAGUUCCCACCAGACGGUACGUUAUCCCCCCCCCCCCCCCUGGUUCAUGGCCCGAGUAGUCAACGGUAAAAUGACUAUUUUGGUAAUAAAAAUUACUCUCAAGGACUUGGUAUUCCUCGGCACUGCUAGGCUGUAACCCGAAGGAUGGAUCAACCUGUGCCGCGCUCCACUCCAUGGGUUCCGAGCUCACCCGCACUAGAGGACGAUCGGACACGCUUCAAAAUGGUUCGAUUCGCACCGGGCUAUCAACUCUGGGGAGGCCGCAGGAGCAGGGGGGCACUCCCAUCAGCAAGCUAGAGGUCAAUACAGUUCAAACGUUGACAGUUACUAGUGCUAUUCUCUUAUCUAACGGAAUGGCGCCUGGCGCAGCCAAUUCCUACCAUGGAGAGCGGCACUGCCGGGAGAGAGAACGGGAGACCGAGUUGCCGCUUCGGCCGCGAAGCUGACGGAACCCUCCGCAGCCACUCCACGCAGGAUAAGAGGAUCCGGAAGGCGAGCACAGUACGUUCUCUACAACAGGCAUCUCUCUUAAGUAGCAUUCUACUGAAUCAUUUCAAUCAUUAUACUCGAUUCUUACCAUCUUCGCAAAAAAAAAAAGAAGAGGUGGCGGAAGAUGGUCUCCAGAUAGACAGCUACAGUACAGAGUUUGUCUUCAUUCUUGUGAUGCUCUGCAGGUAAAGGAGCCUAUACGUCAGUACGUGAAGCGCCAGAGGUCCCAGGCAGAGGGAGAGCUAGCGAUGUCCCACAACACGCAGAACUGA